GAUGUUUUACUUUUUGUUUGUUUGAAAACGGAGGUUAUAAAUUAUAAUUUUUAAAAGAAUGAAAAUUUUAUAUGCAUUUCUUUAAAAAGCAUAUGAAACAUGAACGUUUUUUAAAUUUUCGGAUUUGUAAAUUUGUGUGACUUGAUAUCUGUGGUGUAAAUGGUCAUUUUUUUAUGAGGAAUUUUGCGACACGAGUAAAAUGGGUGUUACGGUUUUACAGCAAUAUCCAGUUCCUGAAAACAAAACGGGUACCUAUGUUAUUGAAUUACUUACAAAGCGUAUCCUGGCACUAGGAGCAACUCAGCAAGGACAGUUUUUAGUGGAUUGUGAGAGUUAUUUAUCACAUCCUCAAAUGGGGACAACAAAAACGGUCCACAUCCUUCAUAACUCAGAACAGCCUGCCUCAGUGUUCUCAAUUUUAGAAAGUGGCACAAAAAACAUUCAUGUUAUAGCUGAUGGAUUAUUUGACCUGCUUAUGAUGAAGCUAUCACAGCAUUACACAUCAAAGAAGCAGACUAAAAUUGAGAGUAAAGGUCCCAGGUUUGAGCUGGGAGACUUUUGUGUUAAAUUAGGCUCGGUGACAAUGAAUCAGAACUUCAAGGGAAUACUUAUUGAGGUGGAAUAUCGACCAUGCGUAAUGGCAAAUGCAGUAUGGGGCCUUCUCCGUGAAUUCCUACAGGGUCUUUUGGGCCCAUCAGUGCCUGUUCAACCUCCACAACAUUUACUCAGUAGGAUGAAUGAGAUAUAUACACCAAUAGACACAAUAUAUCAGUAUUUAGAACAUUUUAGUGCUUAUAGAAAAAUAACUGGACUGAGAAGUGCGUAAUCAAUUAUGUGACUGAUAUUUUAAGGAGUUUGAAUUACGAACACGUUUCAUGUUUAGUGGUAUGUGAAGCAAAGUGAUCCUUUAUUUUGCACACACAAAUAUUUAUUCAGAGCCUAUAUUACGUCAACUACAGCGCAUGUCCCAAGAGUAUACGUAAAAAAUAUACAUAAGAACUAUCAUAGAAGGAAAUAUCAUACUCAUUUAAAUAUUUUGUUCAUUUCAUACAUCAUUUAUUCAAUGAAAAUAAUUAUAUAAUAAAACCCUAAUGGGCUGGCUAUGCUGUAGUAGUGUCAAGACUUAGGAAACACGGUGCUAAGUAAAUAAGAAGUAACAGCUUGUAAGUUUUUAUGAUAAUGUAACUAUUGUUGCCUUUUCUGUAACCUUGUGUAUUCAAUGCUAAGUCAAGGAAUAUCAAAUAAAAAAACAGUUUUAUUUGCUCUGAAAGUUCAACAGUGUAGGGCGAAUGUUAGGAGAGGAGUUAAACAAACGAAUGAUGAUACAAGACUCUCUUUAUUGUAUUAAUAAAUUUGAUUAUAUAGGAUUAUUAUUACACUUGUGUGUGUACUUUUAUAUACCCUUACUACUACUACUACACCUUCCAUCCAAAAGAAAAAAAAUGUGUCAAUACAAGGAUACAUUUUUUUUGAUACAUUAAAAGAUUUUAUUUUCGUAAAUAUUAGGAACAGUUACAUUAUAAAAUAAUAUAUAAGGUAUUUAUUUUCAGAACAUUUUUUUUUUCUUUUUUUUAUGAUUAUUUAAUUUAGAAUAUUUAUAAUUACGUAAUAUUAAGUAAUCUACAGACAGAAAUAAUAAUAAUAACAAUAAAUGUACUUAGAUUCAGCAUAUAAAAUAUGUUUUAUUUAUUAUUGGAUAUACAAUUUCGUGCGGUUUUUAUGUACUAAUUCAUUUUUACCAUUUUUAAUUAUUUCUACGUUUGGUGUUACAUCUUUAACAACUUUAUAAGGACCAGAGUAUAGAUCACUUAGUUUAUUACCUGACUCAUUUUUUAAGAGUACUAAAUCAUUUACAUUGUAUUUUAUAGGCUUGGUAUAUUUAUCAAAUAUAAUUUUUCUCUUUUCUUUAG